UCGUCAAAAAAAUCGGAAUCAAGAGAUUUUUGGAUAAAAAUACGAUAAAUAUAAUAUUUAUUCACAUAUAUUAAUAUUAUUUUAUCCUCCAACAUGGGUGAAGUAUCCUUAGAAACUACACCUUACGCUAAAAUCAUACUUCAUGCUGCGAAAUAUCCUCACUGUGCUGUAAACGGGGUGCUUCUGGCCGACGCCACAAAAAUUCGAGAUGGGGCCAAAAACCAGGACCUGGAUAUUGUGGACGCUGUGCCCCUGUUCCACCAUAGCCAUUACUUGUCACCUAUGGCCGAAAUUGCUCUUACACAGAUAGAAACAGUAGCCCAGGCCAGUAAUCGCAUCAUAGCGGGCUACUACGCGGCGUGUGAGAACUUCCAUGACAACACGGUGGACAAGUGCCCCGGGCAGAAGAUUGCUGAGAAGAUAGUAGAGCAUUUCCCAUCAGCGGUGUUUGUAGUGGUGGACAACCGGAAAAUGGUGCAGCACCUGGACACGCCGGCCAUCAAGCUCCACAGUCAUGUGGAGGGCAAGUGGAAACUCAAGGACGCCACUAAAGUGCUGUUCCAGUCCCCGUACGUGCUGGAGACAGUGUCGCAGCUGCUGCAGGGCGACGUGCAGCGCGCGCUGGUGGACUUCGACAACUGGCUGGACGAGCCCGCGCAGGACUGGACCAACGCCGGCAUCCACAAGCUGCUCGCCAGCAUCGAGGCCACCAACGACCAGUAGAGCGCUUCUACUGGUAUCCUGUUGCCCAUGUUUACCCACAAUUCCUUGGAUGUGCAGUAGACAGUAUCCAAUGCUGGACUGGACCAACUGGCAUCCAGAAGCUGCUCGAGCUACCAAUUGAGGACUAUCGAUAGGGAUGUGGAAGUGGUGUACAAACAAGUGUGAAGUUCUUUUGUAUGAAAUAAUAUAUGCAAUAGCCAUCAUGUGGGAGACAUGCUUUGAAUCUGUGAUUACCUUGGCCGCUGCGAUAUACCUGAUGGCGAAUUUGCCUAUGUACUGUGUAGAACUUAAAGUACGGGGAAUUAUUUACACUAUAUGUAUGUUACAUGCGGUUUCAAUAUAUAUAUUGUAUGAAAAUCUGACUGCAAAUUGGUAAGAAAAAAUAAUAUACUCUUAUGAACAAUCAUUUUGUAAUCAAAGUAAUGUCCUAAAGCCCUUAAAAAAAACUGGGCACCAAGCUCAUUUACAACGAUUUUGUUCGCAUUAAGUAUUAUUUUAAACAUCAUCUUUCAUAUUAUUCAUUUAUUAUUUUUUAUUAUUAUUUAUUAUUUGCUAAUGCACAGGCAGCUUAAAGCUGAUACGUGCACGUCAAUGUCCUGAUGCACUUGUGUUUUGUCCAUUCAAUAAAUAUUUGUCGAGUCUGUUUUUAAAAGAGUUCAC